UGCUCCCAUUUUCUCUCAGAGUAUUGAAUAUCCAUUCUUCAGUACCACCCCAUGCUCGCGCUUCCAUCUGGUCACAUGACUGCAUCCAUCAAGUCUCUUCUUCAACUCCAGAUCUGACUACACCAUCCCACCAUGGCAGAAUGGGAAACCCUCACGGACGAGGAAGGUCGUACUUACUACUACAACACCACCACUAACGAGACAUCAUGGACAUUACCGUCACAGUCUUCCUCACAAUGGCAAGCAUUCAAAACGGAUGACGGAAAGGAAUACUACUACAAUGAAACCACUGGUGUCACCACCUGGGACAAGCCCGAGGGGUUCGACAGUACAACCACGGAGACUGUUGACACAGAAAUGGCCACUGAAGCGACACAAGGGGCAGAGUCUGCUGCAGAAGCAGUAGCAGAUCCGCUCGAACAAGAGUUGGAGGCUAAACCAUGCAGCUCAGAUGAAUUGAUCAAGCCACCUCAGUUCGAAACCGUCCUGGACGCCGAAAAGGCGUUCACCGCCAUGCUCAAGGACAACAGGGUGGACUCGACGUGGUCGUUCCAGUCAGUAAUGUCCAAGUUCAUUAAGGAGCCAGUCUAUUGGGCAAUUCCAGAUGCCUUACAGAGGAAGAAACUCUACGACGACUACCUCGUCUCUAGAUUGAAAGAAGAGUUGUCAGACAAGACCGCGGUGGUGGAGAAGUUCGAAAAGAAUUUCAAGCUGGUUCUCCAAGAGUACCACUCCAAAGGAAUCCUCAAGCACAACACGAGAUGGCUGAGCAUCAAAAAUCAGUUGAUUAAAGAAGAUAACUCGAUCUUCAAGCAUUCCAUUCUCUCGGAUAAUGAAAUAUGGGAAAUUUUCUCCAGAUUUAGAGCCGAUUUAGAAAAGCAACACACCGAGAAUAUCGAAACUCAAAAGAGACAAGCAUUAUCUGAAUUGGAAGCGUACUUGACCCAAAUCAACCCUUCUGUGGUGAAGGAAUCCAAGGGUUGGGAGAAUUUGUAUGAGUCACUCAAGGUAGACUCCAGAUUCCAUGCCAAUAAGCACUUUGCAGUAUUGAGCAAAGUGGACAUACUCGAGUUGUACCGGACUAAAAUCUACCCAACCCCGCUUAAUUCUAUAAAGGACGAAGUUACAAAGGCGGAGAGGAUCAAUUAUAGAUCGGAUAGAAAAGCAAGGGACAACUUUAAGGCAUUAUUAAGCAAAAUUCUGAUAAAUGCCAACACCGAAUUCAAGCAAGUCUUUGAGCUUAUUGAGGACGAGGAUGCAUUCAUCGAGUUAUGUGGAAGAAACGGUUCCACGCCCAUUGAGUUCUUUUGGGAUAUAGUGGAUGAAAAGAAUCAAUUGUUAAAAUUGAAGAAGGAGUGGAUCCAAGGUGUAAUGACGGAUUUAAAGAAAUCAGACCCUCAACAAACUUUCGAAAAACUACUCGAGUCUAAAGAAAUCUUCAUCGAGGUGCUAUCCAAGUCAAAUGAUGAGAGGUUGAAAAGUAUCGAUUUCGCUUUGUCGAAAGACAGCAACCAAACGGAAAUCGAGCUUCUUUACGACGUUAUCAAGAAGGAUCAUGAAACUCAGAAGGAGGCUACAAAGGCCAAUUUUGGUAAAUCAUUGAAGGGUUUGAUCCUGUCGCUUGCAGACUGGUUGUACUUCAAUAAUGAUAAAGUUAAAGUGUUCAAUCUACUUGAGGGCCUGGACGAAUCGCUGGAAGAUUCGAAUGCCAAGUCUGGUGUGGUGAGUCUUAUGCCUUCCAAGAAUGAUGACGGAAGUAUACAAUACUCGCUUGUGGAGGAAUUUGACAUUGCAAAAGUGUUACUGGCCUUUGGCGAUUUGGAACAUUUUAAAUCCAUUCAAGCGUCCAUAGAGAAGUUCCACCAGGAAAUACCUGGUGACAGUUCUGGUUUGGUAGAACAGUCAGCCAAGGAUGCAGUUACUGAGUACAUUUCCGUUUUGAAUUCCAAGCAGAGGAAGAGAAAAGUGAGAGAGGAUUCCGAGGAUAGGGAAGCUAAGAGGGCGAGAGUGGAUGAGCCAGUCAAGCCCAUGACCAUGAACUACUAGAAUCGUCAUCAUUAUAACCUGUGAUUUUCGAAGAGAGAAAGAGUCAGCAUCGCACUUCAUUACGGGAAGCCUCAUUCAUCAGCACUGGCAACACCUGGACGAACCGACAAACCAUAAAUCCAGAAUUGUUUCUUACCAAGAUGUCUCGCAGCUUCAACCUGAGAGUCUCCAAAUGGGAACCUACUAGUCAUACAGUAGGCGAACCAUUAAAUCUAGUAGCACAAACAUCACCAGUUCAGCUACAUGCGAAACCAGACACAACACCUACCUACCUGGCUCUCCACCCAUACAUACUUGUAUUAGUAGUCAUUUGUACAAUAUCCACUAACUCAGUUUUCGCCACCGGCGCACGACCAGUGUACUCUCACCCAAAAUGUAAGUAGCUCCACGAAUCGACAUCCGAA